CUCCCAAUGGAGUUCCAGCAUCACGAGGGGCUCCACUGGCGAGCGAUGCCAGGUUUUAGCCGAGAAGAGAGCCCGCAGCAACGUGCGGCGAGGGAGUAAGAGGAGGGCUACUGAAAGGAUUUGCCCGACCAGGACUUCGUGGGUCUCGCCUUAGCCACCAGAAGCAAGCCCCCGCCCCAUCCGUAUCCAGAACUGCCGCCGCUAUCGACCGAGGGCCAGCCGCUGGGAGCCGCCUCAGCCGCGCCGAAGAGAGUCCGGACCAGGGCGAUGCUACUCACCGCCGCCGCCGCCGCGCGCCGCUCCGUGAUGAGCAGGAGCGCAGCCAGGAGGAGCGCGACGCCCGGCCCCAGCCCGCCGCUGCCCAUCCUCGCUGGCUUCGCUCCGCCGCUGCUCGCCCGUGCCGGUGCCCGGGGCCCCGAUCCCUCUUGCUUCCGUCCCGUGGCCCGUCCCGGGCGUCUCUCGCGCAGGAGAGGCGGCGUGCCUCCCGGCCGCGCUGCUGGGCGGCGGCCCCUCCUUUCCCCGCCCCCCGAGGGCGCGGAGGCCAGGCGCUGCGUGGGAGGGCCCGCCGGAGGAGAGCGAGCCGCGCCCUCCGCCAGCCGCGCUGCAGCCGCGGGCCCUCGACGCCCCUGAAGGAACAGCCUGGCGCAAAGCGCCCUGCGCGGCUGCCCGGACUGGCAGCAAAGGAUAAACAUGGCAAGUUCGCGGCGCCUCCAUUUUCGACCCUGGACAGAGCAGGUUUCACCAAUUAUACUACUGUUGGGAUUGAUUGUGCUCCUAAGUGGUAAAGUGCAAGCUGGAGGAAAGUCUUAUACAGGACCAUGUGGAGGAAGAGACUGCAGUGGGAGAUGUGAAUGUUUCCCAGAAAAAGGAGCUCGGGGCCAACCAGGACUGCUUGGACCACAGGGACCCUCUGGGCCACCUGGAGUGGAAGGUAUCCCAGGCUUACCAGGGCACAAAGGAUAUAAAGGCGAAAGAGGCCAACCAGGAAUAACUGGACCCAAAGGAGAAGUGGGACAAAGAGGGGUCACUGGAUUUUCUGGUGCGGAUGGUGUUCCUGGUCAUCCAGGUCAAGCGGGUUCAAGGGGCAAACCAGGCCAUGAUGGCUGCAAUGGAACCCAGGGGGAUCCUGGUCAGGAAGGAAGCCAUGGAUCUCCAGGCUUGCCUGGUUUCUUUGGAAUCCAAGGACCCAAAGGUCAGAAGGGGGAGCCUUUUGUUCUGACUCCGGAAUUAACAGUACAGUUCAGGGGAGACCCUGGUGAUGUGGGUUUGAUGGGCUUCCCGGGACCUCAAGGUGCUCGUGGCUCAGGGGGUGUGUUUGGCACAGUUGGAAACCCAGGUCUACCUGGGCCUCCGGGGCCUCCAGGGCCUGCAGGACCUCAGGGCAAUAGGGGCCUUGGCUUUUAUGGAGAAAAAGGUGACAAGGGUGAUAUUGGUCCCCCUGGUCCCCCUGGUCUUCCGUCAACAGGAGAGGUGUUUAUGACAACUGAUGUAAUUUCAAGUGACUACAAGGGUGUGAAAGGAAUAAAAGGAACAAGGGGAGAACCUGGAAUUCCGGGUCGUCAUGUACUUGCAGCAGAGAAAGGAGAAAAAGGAGUAACAGGAUUUCCAGGACAAAGAGGUUUUCCAGGAAUCAAUGGUCUCAAAGGAACAGAAGGAGAUGUGGGUAUCCCAGGACCUGAUGGCAUCCCUGGCAUUGCUGGUCAAAAAGGAAUGAAGGGAGAGUCAGGAGACAAAGGUGUUCGAGGACCACCUGCUUAUGCCCAUCGACCCACACUAAUCAAAGGUGCAAGAGGUGACUGGGGAGUUCCUGGUGUUCCUGGGCCUGAGGGAGACAGGGGUGAGCAAGGCACUGCUGGCAGUCCCGGUCUGCAAGGAUCAUCAGAUGAUGGCUUUGUUGGAAGAGGUUUGCCUGGAGAGAUGGGGCCCAAAGGGCUGAUUGGUGAUCCAGGUUUCCCAGCUAUUCAUCCAGGUCCUCCAGGUUUUGAUGGUGAACCUGGAUUACCUGGUUUUCCUGGUUCCCCCGGCCUUCCAGGAAGUCCAGAUUAUUCUGUUGGAGUGAAGGGACUUCCAGGGGUUCCUGGUCCUGCAGGAAACCAAGGUUACCCAGGGCCACGAGGACAAAAGGGAGUGAAAGGUGAGGCAGGAGAUUGCGAAUGUGCUGAAGGUACCGAAGGAAAAAGGGGUCCUGCUGGGCAGCCUGGUCCACCAGGUUUUCCAGGUCUAAUGGGACAACUUGGGAGAAAAGGAGAAGCUGGAGAUCAAGGCCAGCAUGGAGUUCCUGGCUUUUCUGGUGCAAAAGGAUUCCCUGGUAUACAAGGCCCCCCUGGACUACAAGGGCUAAAAGGAGAUUCGCAAUAUGUUACAACAAAAGGUGCCAAAGGAGAUCAAGGAAUUCCAGGAAUUCCUGGAUCUAAAGGAGAAGAUGGUGUGACAGGCAGAGAUGGUAAAGAUGGCUUACCAGGACGUCCUGGGCUUCCAGGUGAUGGUGUACGAGGUGAACCAGGGGAUGCUGGUGAAACAGGUCCAUCAGGCCCUAAGGGUUUUCCAGGUGAAGCAGGUCAGCCUGGUUUUGGCUUGCCAGGUCCAAAAGGAUAUCGUGGCCCUCCAGGUGACCCUGGGAUUUAUGGAAAUCCUGGUUUUCAAGGCCCCCCUGGCCCUCCAGGUGCUCCUGCUGAAAUAGAGUGUGGACAAACAGUAGAAGUGUUUAUUAGAGGUAACAGAACUGACCCAAUACAGUCAGGACCUGGCUGUAUUAAAGCUCCAAAAGGAGAUCCAGGAAAUCCAGGACUUCCAGGACCACGGGGUGCAAAAGGUGCAAAUGGGAUUCCAGGUGAAUUGGGUCUGCAUGGAUCAAAAGGACUGAUAGGUCCUCAAGGGGAUCAAGGUCGUGAAGGUUUAGCAGGUUCACCAGGAUUUACUGGAACCAGGGGAACCAGAGGUCCACUGGGAUUACCUGGGGAACAAGGCUUUCCUGGGAGUCCUGGUUUGCCAGGUUUGCCAGGACCUUCAGGAGUGAAAGGAAUUACAGGUGAUAGAGUAGGAGCACCAAUAGGCUCCCAAGGGGAUGCUGGGCCACUUGGAAUCCAAGGACUCAAAGGCCUCCAAGGAAAUCAAGGCUUACCAGGACUGAGAGGAAAUGAUGGCAUUCCAGGUCCACCUGGAGCUAAAGGGCGUCAUGGAUCUCCUGGGCCUGCUGGCUUGACUGGUAUGCCAGGACCGCCAGGAUCAUUUGGAUUUCCUGGAUUGCCAGGCCAGCAAGGGUCCAUGGGCAGAACAGGCUCACAAGGAUUUGUUGGCUCACCUGGUGCCAGAGGAGAUCCAGGAGACCCAGGAGAACCUGGUCCUGUAGUCAUGAAAGGUCUGGCUGGUGACAAAGGUGAACCAGGUUUCUUUGGAGCUAAAGGCAACGCUGGUGAGGCUGGUCUCCCUGGGAUAGAUGGAAUGCAUGGUCUCCCAGGUCUGAAAGGCACUAAAGGUUCUCCUGGUAUUGGAGGCUUCAAAGGUGCUAUGGGCAUCAAAGGAUGGCCAGGAAGGAAGGGGGUCCAAGGAGAGAGUGGACUCACUGGCAGUCAAGGUUUUCAAGGUCAACCUGGUGAUCCAGGAUGGAAAGGUGACCGUGGAGAACGUGGUUCACCAGGAGCACCCCCUAAAAUCGUGCCAGGCAUGCUGCUUGAAGUGAAAGGUGAAAAGGGAGAUGAAGGACAAACUGGUGUCAAAGGCAUCUUUGGUUCCAAGGGUGCUAAAGGACUGCUAGGCUUCCCUGGCCAGGCAGGAAGGCCAGGUUUACCUGGAUUUCCAAGUUAUGAAGUAGGUCAGAAAGGCGACCCUGGGAUUAAAGGCAGAAAAGGCAUUCCAGGAUAUGUAGGUGUCCCAGGUGCUCAAGGUAUUCCUGGUUUCCCUGGAGCGACAGGAUGGAGGGGAGAAAAGGGAAUUCUAGGGAUUCCUGGUAUUGGUGGUGAAAGUGGCCAGCCUGGGGAAAUUGGCAGUAGGGGAGAUACUUUAAACUUGCCAGGAAAAGCAGGUUCGAAAGGAAAUGUUGGCAUAUCUGGAUCCACAGGAGUGGAAGGAGCCAAAGGAGAAAAAGGUGAAGGGGGUGGUGUGGGUUUUUCUGGCUUUCAAGGCGUGAAGGGCUCCCAAGGCUCCCCUGGAUUACAAGGGCAAGGAGGAUUCCAAGGGCAGGUUGGCGAACGAGGUUUGCCUGGAGAUCCAGGUACUCCUGGAUUAUUAGGUGAAAAAGGAAGUUCUGGGUGGAUUGGGCUUCCAGGAAGCAAAGGUGGUGCUGGUUUCAGAGGAAUUAAUGGAUUAGAUGGUUUGCCAGGUACUAAGGGCUUUCCAGGAUCACCAGGUCCAGAUGGAUAUGGCCCACCAGGUUUCCCAGGUAUUUUGGGUGACAAAGGUACAACAGGAGAGCCAAGCCCUAUUGAAGGCAGCAGAGGACCUUAUGGGCAGAAAGGAGAAAGAGGAGAUCCAGGACAGAGAGGCUCAGCUGGUGGCCCUGGACCUGGUGGAAGGCCAGGCCUUCCUGGAGUAUCCAAUAUACCUGGAAUACCUGGCGACGUGGGAUCGUCCGGUUUGGAUGGAGUGCCAGGCUACCCAGGACCACCAGGACCAUCUGGAAUAACUGCUGCACCUGGAACCAAAGGAGAAGUGGGGCAAAUAGGUACGGUUGGAGAAGAUGGUCCAAAAGGACUUAGAGGAGAUCUAGGCCCAGAUGGAAGACCUGGAAUACCAGGAUUGCCUGGUGCAAGAGGGUACAAAGGUGAACAAGGAGUCAUGGGUUUUGUUGGCAUAAUGGGGAUUCCUGGUGACUUUGGCCCCACCGGACCCAAAGGAGACAGAGGGUUAACCGGAUUUCAGGGAUCUCCAGGUUCCCCUGGGCUGCCUCCUGUCCUUCCUAAACUGGUUACUGAACAAGGGAUACUGGGUGCUCAUGGAAACCGAGGGCCUCAAGGCACUUUUGGUGAAAUGGGUCCUCAAGGCCCACCAGGAGAUCCAGGUUUUAGAGGCCUAGUGGGUAAACAAGGACUUCAAGGAAGAGGGGGAACGUCAGGAUCUCCAGGCUUUAGAGGGGAUCAAGGGAGAACAGGACUACAGGGCCCAGGGGGCUUUGAAGGUGUAGCAGGUGAUCCAGGUACUCCUGGGCUGCCAGGUAUGCCAGGCCGCAGCAUUAACAUAGGAUACCUUCUGGUGAAGCACAGCCAGUCUGAGCAAGAGCCAAUGUGUCCAGUGGGUAUGAACAAACUAUGGAGUGGCUACAGUUUACUAUAUUUUGAAGGACAAGAUAAAGCACAUAACCAGGAUCUGGGUCUAGCUGGUUCAUGUUUAGCUCGAUUCAGCACCAUGCCUUUUCUUUACUGCAAUCCUGGGGAUGUCUGUUAUUAUGCAAGUCGCAAUGAUAAAUCAUAUUGGCUCUCAACGACAGCCCCUCUUCCAAUGAUGCCUGUGAAAGAAGAAGAAAUCAGACCUUAUAUCAGUCGUUGUUCAGUCUGUGAAGCUCCAGCUGUUGCUAUAGCAAUUCACAGCCAAGAUGUUACUAUUCCACACUGCCCUGAAGGAUGGCGCAGUUUAUGGAUUGGCUAUUCCUUCCUUAUGCACACUGCAGCUGGUGCGGAAGGAGGAGGCCAGUCACUUGUUUCUCCGGGUAGCUGUCUGGAAGACUUCAGAGCAACACCAUUCAUCGAGUGCAACGGUGCUCAGGGGACCUGCCACUAUUUUGCAAACAAAUACAGUUUCUGGCUUACUACCAUUGCCAAUCAAUUUCAACACUCACCCUCACCAGAUACACUUAAGGCUGGACUCAUCCGAACACACAUAAGCCGAUGCCAAGUCUGUAUGAAAAAUUUGUGAAAAAAGAAGUCACAUUGGAAUCGUGAGGAACAAAUCUCGUUGGUGCUUAUUUAACUUUGUUACCUCAAGAAUUGAACAGUAAGUUGAUCGCCAUUUAUCUGGAAGAACAAACCAGUGCAAGGGCUUACAACCAAGUUGUUUCUGCUGUCAUUUCCAUCAUUUGCUAGAUAGCUUUUGUAUUGUUGCAAAUGGUAGAAUUCUCUUAGGAAAUUACAUCGUGGUUGCUAUUUCAAUCUCUAACACAUUUGCUGCCCACUAGGUCUGACUCAAAGCACCAAUUGGGUUUUUAUGCAUUUUUAUGUAUACUAAACCAUUGAGAGCAACUCAGAAUUCAUAGUCCUUGAAUAGUAAUCAAACAUUAAAAUAGAUGUGCAAGCAUACUGGGAUCACCUCAGAGAGCUGAAAUGCAAGUACCAUAUUACAAACUACUAAAAUAGAAGUUAUGUUCAGGCACUUGAUCAAAAGGGUGGUAUUCAGCUAGGUAAUUGCACUAGUAUGGAACUUACCCUCUUCUCCUCACUUCACAACAUCUCCAGAUCUGCUCUAGAGGGUUGGGGGGAAACCCAGAACAGAUUUAGGGGGAUAGGGGUGGAGGAGAGGGGGAGAACAUUCCAUUGUGCAAAGAGAAAUUCUUGCGCUGAUGGAACGUUCACCUUAGCUAUGUUUAAUACAACAACCCAAUGUGUAUUUUCUCAUUUGUAAGACUUUGGCUACAGGUCAGCACAGUUAAGCAUGUUUUAAGACCCAGCAACGUCAGUGGAACUUUAAACAUGCACCUGCUUGCUGUCUUUACAUUGCAACUUCAUUUCAGGACCAUUCUUUCCCCCCCUAAAUACUAUUUAUUAAACAUGUUGCUUCAUACGCCUUGUUUGCAUAGCCUACAGACCCUGAAUAAACUUUGCCUCCCCUCCCCGCCCCCACUGCUUUUCACAGGUAACACACUAAAAAUGCUAGCAUCAUAUUAACAACUGCCCUGAGCAAAAUGUUAGCCUCCCGAGCUCCUUUGGAAGGAGAAACAUAGAAAUUAAAUUAUUUAAUUAAAUAAGCAUUGUGCUUCUGGAGACCCACAACUCCUCCAUUAUAAGGAGUGCACCAAGGCCAGAGCCCAGUUCUCCAUCAAUACUGCUGAAGGGAAUUCCAGACCAGCAGAGUUUUUAGGCAAUCCCAGAUACCACAUAAAAAAACCUCUGUCCCGUUGCUAGCGUCAUGAUCACCUGGGAGUAGCAGCAAAAAAAGGUAUCUUUAGGAUCAUACUGUGCAGCUGGUGCAGUUGUAUUUCAGGCUGCAAUCCAAUAUCUACAAACUCUCUAGGAAGUCCCACUGGACUGAGAGGGGCUUCUGAAUACACAUGCUUAGGGUUAUGCUGCCAAUCUUCCUCCUCGCUGCUCCCUGGUGGGUGAGUGAUGGAAGGAAGACUAGAUUAAAAACACGCUGCUGGGAAGGAAGCAAGAUAUGCAGAUGGCACAAUCUUUAUCUGACUAUAAUCAAGACAAGUCUAAUGGAACCUUAACAAAUACUUGAGGUAAAACUAAAGAAUCUCUAUCUUCCAAUGACCAGAUGUACUUUCUAUUGCGCAUGAUUGCAUUGAGGCAAUUAUACAUGGUCCCGCGUUCAUUGCUGUUUGCUUCUGAAAUGUGCCAGGGCAGACAUACUGCUUCAUUUCCAAUUGGUGCAUAUCCUAUUAGCAAUCUUGUGACUUUUCAUAUUGCAGAUGUUCCGAGGAGGGGCUGUUCUGGUUUUGUUGUGUAUAGCACAAGAGUGCCCCUCUAGAUGGCAAUAAUGCAGUAACAUUGGGAAAGCAUUAAAAAAAAGGUAAAGGUGAAGGUGUCCCCGUAAAGAUGGUGUCCCGCACUUGUAGUGCGAGUCGUUUCCGACUCUUAGGGUGACAUCUUGCAACGUUUACUAGGCAGACCGUAUAUAUGGGGUGGGAUUGCCAGUUCCUUCCCCGGCCUUUCUUUACCCCCCAGCGGAUGCCAGGUACUCAUUUUGCCGACCACGGAGGGAUGGAAGGCUGAGUGGACCUUGACCCCUUUUACCGGAGAUUCGACUUCCUCCUUCCGUUGGAAUUGAACUCCGGCCGUGAGCAGAGCUUCGGCUGCAUUACCGCCGCGUACCACUCUGCGUGUGGACAGUCCAGUAUAAAUCCACCACUAAUGCACUAUUAUUGCAUCAAUGACAUGUUGCAGGAGACACCCACAAAAAACACCAGUCUAGAGGGGCCCUUAGAAUUGUACCUGGAAGAGUGCGAAACACAACACUUUCUGCACGACAGUACGAUUCUAACACUGCUGUUCUGGUUCUGAUUCUGUGCACUUACUUGGUAAGACCAACAGAACAAAGAGUGAUUAAUGGGUUUGAUUUUGUAACAUAAAUAAAAGUUUGUAUUUUAACAUUUUA